UUUUAUUCUUUCUGAUUCGUUUUUCCAUCCUUUUCUCAUUUCUUCCCAUGUGAAGUUUCAGGCUUUUUCUUGGUUAUAACAACCUGAUAAGAUCUAACAGUAGUUUUUCCGAAGAGCUAGCUGCAUGCAAAGGAACAUGAGAAGAACAAAGAUAGUUGCGAAUUUUCCUCCAUCUCUCCUUUUUCUCCUUUUGUUUCAUUUUUAUUUUUAUUUUCCCUUUCAACCCUUCCUUUAUUGGUUGAAUCUCUCUUCUAUAUUCAACAUAUUAUAUGGAGGUUGGCUGUCUAAACCGAACUUCAGAUCAUUUUUUCCUUUUCCUUCGUUAGGGCGUGGAGACCUGGAGGGUUUAAUUAGUUCAUCCCUUUUGUGGAAUACAGCAAACCUUGCUUAUCGAACCGCUCUUCCUUUCUCGUACCUCGUAUAAAGGGAGGAGUACUAUGAAGGAGAUCCAUCCACGUCCAGAAGACUAUCUUCCUGAAUUAAAAUAAGCGCCCUGGCCUCUGGCUGUUGAGAUUUUCCUAGUUUAGAGUUCUCUAUCAUUAAGGGGUCAUAAUCUAGUCAAUACGCAAUGAUGCCAGGAAAUGGACAUAAAUUGACGGUUCCUCCAGGUUUUCGAUUCCACCCAACAGAUGAGGAGCUCCUCUACUAUUAUCUAAGGAAGAAAGUCUCCUAUGAAGCCAUGGAUCUUGAUGUUAUCAGGGAGGUGGAUCUCAACAAACUUGAGCCUUGGGACCUCAAAGAGAGAUGUAGAAUUGGAUCGGGGCCUCAGAACGAGUGGUAUUUCUUCAGCCACAAGGACAAGAAAUAUCCAACUGGAACUCGAACAAAUCGAGCAACCAUAGCUGGUUUUUGGAAAGCAACGGGUAGGGACAAGGCCAUCCACCUCAGCAAUAAUAAUAAUAAUAAUAAUAAUGCCACAAGGAUUGGGAUGAGGAAAACCCUUGUGUUCUACACAGGUCGGGCUCCUCAUGGCCGAAAGACCGACUGGAUUAUGCAUGAAUACCGCCUCGAUGAUGAUCACACUGCCGAGGUUCAGCAGGAAGAUGGCUGGGUUGUCUGCCGGAUUUUUGAGAAAAAGAAUAAUAUUAAUCGAGGUUUUCAGCCAGAUCAUGGUGCUCAAGAAAAAAACUUCACUACUAGUCAUAUGAAUGCAAGUACUAGUUCAGCUCAAGUAGUCAUAGAGCCAAAACAAAACCAUCUACAAGAACUGUACGAUUAUACACUUGAUAAUCAUGGCCCCAUGGCGCAUCUCCCACCGUUGAUCAGUCCAGAGUCAGCUAUAAAUGCCCCAUUUUUUAUGUCACCUGCUGGCUCUUUGAGCAGUACCAUGCAGGAAGUUGAGUGUUCUCAAAACUGUUUAAGGCUAACAGCAGCUAGUUGUGGACUCAUGCAACAGGAGAGGUUUAAUAAUGGUGACUGGUCGCUCUUGGACAAGCUCCUAAUUGCGUCUAAUCAGAGCCUCGAUCAAAGCAAAUUCAACCCUUCAUCUGAUCAAUUAGUUACUCAUGAGUACAUGGGCACCUCAACUCAGAAAUUCCCAUUUCAAUACCUUGGCUGUGACACAGACAUUUUGAAAUAUUCCAAGUAAAACUCAAUAGUUUUCUAUCUCAUAUUGCUGUGUGGCAGACAAAGCAUGAUUUUAAUUUUUUAGUAGCACGACCGAUAUUCCUAGAGCUAUUUGAUCAUUGCAGUUGAGAUUCUUAUCUCUUUUCAUUUAAGAGCUUGUAACUUUUGAUCAUGGAAAUGUAUAUAAGUUCAAACUUACUGUUAA